AUGGCCGCGCGAAUGUGGGAGGACCGGCUGGCGGCCCUGCAGGAGGAGCUGUGGUUGAAGCUGCUGCGGGGGCCCCAAAGCGCAAAGCGAAAGGCAUCGACACCGGCUUGGCACUUGAGGUGGCAGCUGGCCCCAUUAGAGCUGGCGGCGAUGUCUGUUACCAGCACAGGCCUCCGCGCCCGGCAGCGCGCGGCGCUGGCGGGCACCUGGGGCCGCCUGGGCCUGCGGGCGUGCCACGCCCUGGAGGCCCCGCUGCUGGCCUUCGCCUGGCUGGGCACCUCCCGCGUGGCCAGCGGCGAGGACGGGUGGGAGACGCUGCUGGGCUCCAUGGAGGUGGCAAGGUCCAAGUGGCUGCUGGAGGUGCUGUCACUGCAAGGCAUGCUGGCGGUGGGCGUGGCAGACCAGCGUCUGAAGUCCAACGCGCUGCUGGGCGCCUCCAGCAGCAGGUCCUGGGGCUGGGAGCUAACUCGGAAGGGCAUUGAGGCGGUGGCCUCCUCUGCGGUGCCAGGCGCCGCGCGGAUGGCGCCUUACUCGCUGGAGCCUUCGGAGGGCACUCGGAUCAUCCUAGUGCUGGAGCUCUCCAGCAAGGAGGGCUCGGAGCGGCUGGACCUUUCAGUGCUGCGGCUUGGACUGGGCGGCGGGUCCUGGGAGCCGUUGGGGCGCCACAUCUUCCGACGGGAGGAGGCCUUCCACAAGUUGAAGCUCCGGCCGGCUGUGUCGGUGGACGUCGGGGCGGCAGUGCGGGUGCUGUCGGAGGAUCUCUGCUCCUCUUGGCACGAGAGCGUUUUGGUCCAGCACCGCGACUGCUGGCCCGCUCGGCUGCUAGCCCGACUGUCGCGCCAGCGUAAAGCCUUCGAGGGAUGUUGGGCAGGAGCCGCAGUGGAGCAAGGCCGCGGCCUGAGAGAGCGGUUUCAGCUUCCGAGCCAAAGCCCGGUGCGCAGCGAGGACUUGACGCCCGCAGCAGUCUUCCUGGGUGCGAUGCUCGGGAUGCUCUUUAUGGGCCGUCUUGGCGACACGCUGGGCCGGACUCGGGCGAUGCAGGUGACGCUGGCUUUCACGGUGCUGGGUUCCCUGAUCCCUGCGUGCUGCUUCGGCGGCGACUCAGCCGUGUUUGGCAUCGUGAUGCUGGGCCGCCUGAUUCUGGGCAUCGGAGUAGGGGGCAUCUACCCACUUUCUGCGGUGUCAUCCGCGGAAGGCUGCGAGGAGGCAGCGGAGAAGGGCAAGCACGUUGGGCAAGCCUUCUUCUUCCAAACCGUGGGCCAGGUUGCGCCCUACUUGGUAGCUGCCCUGCUGCUGGUCCUCUUCCAGCCCAACAGCCCGGCGGAGUGGGUGCCACAGCUCCAGUUCCGGCUGCUCUUUGCCCUUGGCGCCGUCCCGGCGCUGGUGGUCUUUGCUGCCUCCUUCAACACGGAGGACUCGGAGGAGUUCACCCGCACCCGGCAGCGGUUCCGGGACAACUGGGAGAAGAGCACCGUGCAGACGCUGGUGGGUACCGCUGGCUCCUGGUUUUUUUAUGACCUGGCCUUCUAUGGCACGACCAUCUUCACGCCCAGCAUCCUGCAGAGCAUGUGCCUUACGGGUGCCUCUGUGGAUGGCCGCUGCCAGCAGACCUUGCUCCAGAACUCCCUGCAGUCUGCCUUGAUCACUGCCAUGGGUCUGCCUGGCUGCUACCUGGCCAUGGUGGUCGUGGAUCGGAUGGGCUGUAAGCGGCUCAAUGCCUAUGGCUUCAUAGCUCUGAGCGUCUCCUUCGGAGCUAUGGCAGCGUGUUGGACCGGCUCGUCACAGCUGCAAUUCGCGCUGUUUUGCGUCCUCACCAUGCUCCUGAACUGGGGCCCGAACCUAGGCACGUACGUUCUGCCCGCGAUUUGCUUCCCCCCCGCGAUCCGCAGCACCUGCCAUGGCUUGUCCAGCACUGGCGGGAAGGUGGGUGCUGUGGUCGGGACCCUCCUCUUCGGGCCAAUCAGUCACGGCUUCGGAGUGCAAGGUGUGCUUUGGAUCCAGUGCGUGGUGUGCCUCGUGGGUGCAGUCGUGUCCUGGCAAUUCCUCAAGCAUGACUGGGAGUACGAGAGCGAGAUUGGCGUGCGCCAGAGCCUUCGCAGGCCGUCCGGCUUGGAAGUUGCUCCGACCUGCCACUGA